AUGAACCCUGACCAUAUUGAAGAUCGCAAACUUAUGAAUGUCCUUGACUGCGAAGAUCUAGAACCGAUUCUUACUCAAAGAGUAGUAAAAACGUAUGUUGAGUUCACCCCAGGAGAAGGCUCAAGGCCUCAUACAGAACUCCGUUUGGUUCUUGAGAACGGAGUCCUACUUGAAGACAGCGGCAAAUUCAAAACAAUACUAUCCUGCAGCAUCGGUGCCAACCCAAGCCGCUCAGACAACAAAGAGACAUCCGUUACCUUUCGCCCUCUAACAUUCAGCGACCACCGUCGAAGAUGUUUCGCUUCUUUCCAAUUUGAUGUAUCGCAGAGGAAUGCUGCGGUUCAUGAUUUCAUCAAGGCCCUUAGAGGGAAUGUUCGAGAAGCAGAUUUAUCUGUAUUCGUUUCUUGCAAAUUUGGCAAGCCUCCUAUCACAGAGGGAUGCCGUGACAUUGUAACCCAAUGGGUAAUAAGGCUGAAUGAACAUCAAUUAAUGGGUUGGGAUGCUUCUGAAGUGAAGUCAGCGUACACUCUCAGACGCGAUAACCUCCCACUGCAGUUCCACAGGUUCAUCGCCAAGGGAUAUACGCAUUCACGCACCGAAGGAAGCACCCUAGAAAUGACUAUUGAUAUUCCGAUGGUGCCAGGAUUUCUUGUGAACGAUGCUGCCCGGGUCAAAGAGUACAGAGGUAUACGGCUUCCGUACGCUCCAUGGAACAUAUCUUAA